GAGCAUGUGAUGGUGUGCGGACCAUGCAGUUGAUGGUCAAUGCUUAACGGGGUCUGCUCGUAGCUUCAGCAGUGGUGCUGUCAGUCUGUGUGGGUACAGCGAGGCUUUUCAAUAGCAGCAAAGCUGUUUUCAACAUUUGUUGUAAUUUAGGGAGCUGCAGCAGCUUCUGAGCUUAGCCGUAAAGUAGCCCGUAAGCAAACAAAUUAACUCUGCUGUUACAUCGGUUUCCUCCGACCACCCCAGGAUGCUGGCAGUCACCUGGGUGGGGCUGCCGCGGAUGACAGAGACCGGGAGCAGAGCUCAGGGAUAAGUCAAACCGAGCCGGAUCGCUACUUGUUUUUUCUUCAACCCAGUGGGCGGUUGGUCGGGCGAAGCCGUCCCUUAUUAGCAUGACCAAGUCCGAGUCCAAGAGAAGCGGCGUGUCCGCGAUCAGCGCCACCGCCGAGCAGGUCAACAGCGGCUCGUUGGAUGAGGACUUCCCGGAGCAGAGCCCCGCAGUUAAAGCCAAGGCGAUGAAGCAGACGUCCAAGGAGAGCCUCCACCGGAGGAACACGGAGUGCGAGGUGUAUGACGACGGGACCAACACCUUUUUCUGGCGAGCCCACACCCUGACCGUGCUGUUCAUCCUGACCUGCGCCCUGGUCUACGUCACGCUGUUGGAAGAGACUCCUCAGGACACAGCCUACAACACUAAAAGGGGCAUUGUGGCCAGCAUCCUGGUGUUCCUCUGUUUCGGGGUAACACAGGCCAAAGAUGGACCCUUCACCAGACCCCAUCCAGCUUACUGGCGGUUCUGGCUUUGUGUUAGUGUCGUCUAUGAACUAUUCCUCAUCUUCAUCCUCUUUCAGACAGUGCAUGAUGGACGACAGUUCAUGAAGUACAUCGACCCGAAAUUAGGGGUACCUCUGCCUGAGCGUGACUAUGGAGGAAACUGCCUCAUCUACGACCCGGGGAACGUGACGGAUCCUUUUCACAACCUCUGGGAUAAGAUGGAUGGCUUUGUUCCAGCUCACUUCCUGGGGUGGUACAUAAAGACUCUGAUGAUUCGGGAUUGGUGGAUGUGUAUGAUCAUCAGUGUCAUGUUUGAGUUCCUGGAGUACAGCCUGGAGCACCAGUUACCAAACUUCUCAGAGUGCUGGUGGGACCAUUGGAUCAUGGAUGUGUUGUUGUGCAACGGUUUGGGCAUCUACUGCGGCAUGAAGACGCUGGCUUGGUUGUCGAUGAAGCCAUACCAGUGGCAGGGCCUCUGGAACAUUCCUACAUACAAGGGGAAGAUUAAACGUAUAGCAUUCCAGUUCACACCAUACAGCUGGGUGAAGUUCGAGUGGAGGCCGGCUUCGAACCUUCGGCGCUGGCUCGCUGUGUUGGGAAUUAUCUUCAUGUUCCUGUUGGCGGAGCUGAACACCUUCUACUUGAAGUUUGUGCUGUGGAUGCCUCCCGAACACUACCUGGUGCUGCUCCGCCUCGUCUUCUUCGUCAACGUGGGAGGCGUGGCCAUGAGGGAGAUCUACGACUUCAUGGACGACCCGAAGUUCCACAAAAAACUCGGCCAGCAGGCGUGGCUGGUGUCGGCGAUAACGGUGACGGAGUUUCUCAUCGUGGUCAAGUACGACCCCCACACCCUCAUGCUGCCCAUCCCCUUCUCUGUCAUGCAGUGCUGGUUCCUGGGGAUCCUCCUCAUCCUCAUCUGGACCCUGUGGAGGUUUUUCAUCCGUGACAUCACGCUCCGCUACAAAGAGACCCGCCGGCGCAAACAGGAAGCGCCCGUGGACUGGGACCGCCAGCUGGGGAACGGCAGCACGGCAGCGGCGUCGGGCCGGAGCAAACUGAACGGCAGCUCUGAGACGCUGCGACAGAGGAAGUCCUGAGAGGAAGUCCCACUGAGACAGCCGCUGGGAGGGGGGGGGGGGGGAUGAGGAGGUUAGAAUGGGAACAGUGAGGAAGAUGGAGGUGAGGCGAGUCAUGCAAAGACACGUAGAGGCAACCAGAUGGACACAUUUCUGGACUGUUCUUGUGCCUACACUAAAGCAAGUAAGAAUAUAAGGAAGAACGGGCGGGAGGAACCAGGUGGUUUUAGUUGGAUGGUGUAGUUGGUUACACACUACAAGAAGUUACCUCAUUCUGCUUUUUUUUUUCUAAAUAUUUGUGAAGCUAUACACAAGAAAAGCUCAUUCUUCUUAUUCCUGUCUUGAAUGUUGGUGAAUACUGUUGACAGACAAGUGAAUACUCUUAAAAUCUAAUCAGUAGUUUCCAUUUAUACUGCAAACAAAACAAAAAGGAGCAUCUGCAACAUUCCCUCCUCUGUAAAUAUUCCCGUUUUUGUUGCGAAGGUGGGAUAACGGAUCAGUUAGUCAGCUCCUGUCGGGAUGCUGCCGGAGCUGGAGUCUGUUUGUUGUCCACUGCUAUGCAAUCUUGGCCGCGACCCCAGGAUUUAUUUAUACUGUAACGAUCAUGACACGUUUAAGUUAAGAUGAUGACCUGCAGGUCUAAGUCGUUUUUCAUGGUUUGAAGCUGGUCCCAAGUACACAAGCCACUGUUCAAAUGUGGAGGAUAAUUUAAGUUUUUUGUAUAUAGACUUCAGGUUGGUAUAAAACUUUUAGAUGGUUUUUACCAAGUGACAACCUCCUGAAGGUAUCAUAUGACGAGAAAAAAAAAGUUCUACAUGUUGUAUUCUAAUUAUUUACCCGGUGGUUUAAUCAGUAAGGGGUCUAUAGUCGGGUGGUUUUGGUAGAUGGUUUGUUGAUUAUUAAGCACUAGCUGGUGCUGGAGUUUCUGCAGACAGAAUAAGCGGCAGAGCUCUGGUCGUUGUAGCUUCUCUGUCACAGGAUCAUAAUCUAGGCUCAACUCUUUGGUUUUCACCCCAAUCACAUCAGAAGGAAAUCAUACGUUGUCUUUUAUGUUGAAAGCUGUAACAUUUCAGUUAAAUUGAGCCUCAGAAUCACCUUCAUACUGUCGCCUUGUUACAAGAUUAACUGGAUAUCUGAAAUUUCACAUACAAAACCAAAAACUUAAAGUUUGUUUUUGUCUAAAUAGUUUCUUUGCCACCUUGUUGUUUAGUAAGAGAUUUCAGUUUUCAUGUGUCGGUUUUCGGGGAUAAACUAAAUAUUUCAGGAUCAGAACUAAAAACCCAGAACAAAUCGUUUAAAGCCAAGUUAUUUUAGAUGUGUAUAUUCCAAAACUGUAAACUCUGUAACUCUGGUUUAAUCUUUAAGAGUUUUCAUCGGAGGUAGAACAGCUUUACAUCCUCCGUGAUCAUUCUCCAGAAGGCUAGUAGGAACCACGCGGAGAAACUUACCAGAACCUAGAUAUGAGUUGUCAUUUUCUGGGCCCCUCAUUGUGACUCUAUAGGUGCUGAAAAAGUAGUCAAUGCCUGUGAACUUUGGCUUCAUGCCUUCCUGCUGUGUGAUCUAGGCUGUUGAGACACUUAGUAGUAAAACAGGAGAAUUUAGUUACAUGACUUUAAUUUUGUCAAACACUUAACAGAAAUAUGCCAUUUCUUCAAGGUUCUCUUGCUCUGCCAGAUAUUUUUGAUAAAUGCAGUGAUUGUUGUGCACAUUAACAUCUCUCCAAAAAUGUCAAACAAUAUUCUUAAAGUGUGCAUUUGUUAUGCCAUGAGUUGGACUUCAUUUUUUUUUUUUUCUUCCAUCCCAUCCUAAAUGAAAGGUUUUUACGUUUCUCCGUUCCCAACUUGGAAUGGUUUCUGUCCCUUUUAAUUGGAUACGGUGAAAAGCUUUAAAUCAUACAAAGUCUCCAAUUUACCCGUCACAAGUAAAAAGCAACCAGAGCAAGAAAUUAAAUGAAAACUGGCUAAAAAAUGUCUUUUUCUUUUUGGUGUUUGAGAGUUUAACAUCUUUCAGCCACAUGGGGGCGCUAGAUAUUGUCGUUUGAGCUCUGUGCAGCCAAGUUUCAAUGUACUUUGAGUAUAUGUGAACAUCUUAAGAAUUAUAAAUGCAGGAAUAUGAUGCUCCACAUAAUUUUUUAAUAAACCUUUUCAAUAAAAUCUAUAAAAACUGA